AUGAGGACAUUCAGUAGUGAAUUUAAAGAGGAGACGGUCAAGGUGAACGAGUUUGAUGAGGAAUACCUGCGUGAGUUGGAGAAAGACCUGACGGAAGAAGAAAAAGAGACAAUGUGUAUUGUCUUGUCUUCCACAGCCAUAGAACUAAAUCCAAAUUAUGUCCGUGCCAUUCUGCGGAGAGCAGAACUCUACGAGAAGACAGACAAGCUUGAUGAAGCUCUAGAGGACUAUAAAAGUGUCUUAGAGAAAGACCCGGGCAUCCCUGCAGCUAGAGAGGCCUGUAUGGUGAGUGUUUCUACAUCAGCAUUUCGACUCAAAGUUUGCCUUCUCUUGUUCUUCUCAGGUAAGCUGAAGGACUUGGGCAACAUGAUUUUACGACCCUUUGGUCUCUCCACCUCCAACUUCCAGGUCAACCAAGACGCCAACACAGGAUCCUACUCCAUCAACUUUGUUCAGAAUCCCAAUAACAACAACAGAUAGCUUUUCAGUGUGUUUUUAUGGAGUGGCACAACAGUGAACUGCCCCUUUCAAGUGUCCGCUCAGUCUCUGACUAUUCAAUCAUAUCCCCAGUCUGCACUAAUUCAUUGAUACAAGUAAUGUAAAGCUGUUUUUCCAUUGACAAAUUAAAUUAUCAGCUUGUGUCAAGUGGUUUUUAGAUUUAGUUUUUUGGCUUGCCAGAAUGUUAAAUUUGCUGUGAAGCUGGCGUCAGUGAUCCAGACUGUCAGUCAUGAGCAACGAGAUAAUGGGCCUUCAGCACUUCACCCUUACCUGCGUUCACAUUAAACCAGCGGAUAAGAUCCUGUCUGCAUUGUCCAUUGUGUCGUUUCUUGUAUGUAAUUAAUACAGCAUGAUUUAUUACUAAAGAAUACACAGAACACACAGCUUGGUACAAGGCAGAAAACCGGUUUAAUUUCAUAGAGCUAUACAUUUAAUACAAUAAUAAAACAAAUGUAUGCCCACGACCACCAUCUUCAUAUGUAUAGCCGGUAGAAUGCUCCGAUUGUACUGAAACGCACGUAUGUACAACAGCGAGCAGCUGUUUCUCGCUCACUCUAAAUUCCCUUUUUACAGGCCUCAGGUUGAACAUGUGCAAUGAAUGAUGCUAACAGGAAAACCUUGAAGCAAAGACUGAUAGAAAAGAUGCGUUCUUACGGUCUUGUUUAACUUGUAUAAUAAGAAAAUCAUUUAUAAGUGGAGAGGAGCACAAAAAAGGUCAAAAUCAACUAGCGGGUCAAAGUGAUUUGUAACGCUGUACAGAUUGCAUUGAUCAUUGAACGUGUGGUGUGCCACAGAGUGGAAAACUUCAAGCUCUCUUCAAGAACAGUCAAGACUGUAUUAAGGCUCAGAAUUUCUCAAUAUAAAGGAGCACAGAUGUUGGGAUAGAGGACUAGAAGCACAAUAAGACCCAAUCCUCUGUAAUUGUACGGUGAAGCAUAGCACAUGCAAUAUGUAUUGCAUUUUUACAUCAAAUAUGAUUUAAUUUAAUAAGUUAUCUCUUUCAAACACUUAAAACCCUGCUUUAACGUGUGCUGGAUCGCCACCUACAAUCCACAAUGGCCAUAACUCCCCUGUGCUGUUCAGUAUUUGCAAGUGUCCUUUCACAUAGUUUGAACAAAAGCCUGCUUAAAGAAAAAUGGUUUGAAAAAUUCAUUUCAGCAUGACGGAUCGGGAAAUAGGUGGAGAGUCUGUAAUUCAUUGUAAUAAAUAUAUAAUUAUUUUCUUAAAUAAAAAUAAUUUCUCCAUUACACCUGCUUCUCCAAAUGUGGAUGGCUCCUCUCAUCUGAUUGGCUCUUGACCAAUGACUGUGCUUUGG